UGCAGGUGCCCAUAGCUGUGCCACUGACUUGAAGAUACAAAUUGUCUCUGAAUCGAAAGUAGUUGUAGGUGAGGAUAAAGUCGCAGAGCUCUGUAACCAGGUGUGCAGUGGUGUCAUCAGGGAUGGUGUUCCUGAUAGCCUGUAAUCUUUCUUUGUGUAGAAUGUUGGUGUAAAGAGCUUCUAUGUCCAGGGUGGACAGGAUGGUAUUUUGAGGAAGAUUACUGAUGUUCUGUAGUUUCCUCAAGAAGACAGCGGUGUCUGGAAGAUAGCUAAGAGUGCUGGCAGCAUAGGGUCUGAGAGAGUCAAUAUAGCCAGAUAAUCCUAUUGUAAGUACAUUAAGAGGGGUUUGCAAGUGCUUUGAAUAACAAGGUAAAUAUGAGUCAACAGUGUAAAACUCCCAUAAAAAAGCCAACAUCAGUGUUGUAAACAAGACACAAAGACGUAAUUCUUAUGCACUGGGAGAGAAGCCUGAAUCAUGGUAACAAUCACUAGGUCUACAGGAAUUUGCUAGACCUGGUACUAGUGUUUUACAGUAGCUGUUUCUUACUUAUAGGUAUGUAACUGUUCCUUGAAGGGUUGUGCUACAUUCGGUAGCAAAGCCUUACAAUAGCAGUUUUUUAUUACGAUCCAGUGUGUCAGUAACUGCUACCAAUAGCACAUUCCUACAAGGAGCAGUUCUACAGAAAGAACUGUAGGGAAGUGCUCCCUGUAGGACUGUGCUACGUCCAGCAGCAAUGUCUUACAGGAGCAGUUCCUUAGGAGCGUAGGAAUCAGACAGUGCCAGGGGUAGCAGCUCUCUGCAUCCCAGCAAAACAGCCCCGCCGGGACAAGGGCAUCGCAGCCUGCAGUGGGGCUGGCAGGGAAAGGGGCAGCGAACUGGCCCGCGCAGGGCAGUUACAGCCCCGCGGCGGGAGGCGGGAGCUGCCCCGUGUGGGCAGCUGCAGCCAGACACUUCUCCCGCGAGCGGCGGCUCGGGAAUCCCUGGGUCUGCCUAGCUCCCCCUUCCCCCGCAGAGGGCAGCAGCGCCGCGCCUGGCCAGCUGGCUCCGGGACAGCCGCGCGGCGCUGCAGCCAGCUGCUGAUGGCGUUCGGGGCGCCGGGGGCUCCGGGCGGGCGCAGAGCCUGCUGAAGUCUGGUGAUGUCUCCUCUGCCUCUCCUGUGAGGAGAGAGAUUUUGAAGGAAUGGCAGAAGGAGCUGUAGCAAUGCCUGAUGGAGAAGAAUGUACAAGGUUGCCUUCACUGGGUAAAUGCUAUAAAAGUCCAAAACCAAAAUGGAUAUCUCCAAUAGAACAAAGGGAAUCAGAGCUGCGGGUUAUGGAUCUUCAGGAAUCAGUGAAUGGAGCUGUUUCUGAAAGCCCCUCCCCAGAUGGUGGGAUCCUGAGCAGAACUGAGAAGCAUCACAGAGAAGGUUGUGAGAACCUGAAGCUGCUGGGAAUGUUAUUGGGGAAAUCCAAGGAGAAAAUUUCCAAGAGACCGGACCAGGAAACUAUCUCCAAGAGGCAGCAUAAGCCACAAAAGCAGAAGGGAGAAACAGCCAGAGAUGAGGGAGGAACCACAAAGAAAUGUGAAAGGACUUUAAGGGAACUGCGCAAGCCUCUUGUGCCAGAGAGGCCAGAGAUGAGUGAGGGGCCAUGCAAAUGUCCAGUGUGUGAGGAAAGCUUUGAGGGGCAGAAAGACCUGAAUAGCCACAAGAGCAUCAUUCACACAGGAAAGAAAAUGUAUACCUGUAGGGCCUGUGAGAAGAGCUUUAGGCAAAAGCAGGAGCUCUCAGCACACAUGAGAGUCCAUGGAGAAGAGAAGCCCUUCCCCUGUGCCGAGUGUGAGAGGAGCUUCAGUCGGCUUUCCCAUCUCACUGUACACCAGAGAACCCACACGGGGGAAAGGCCCUUCUCCUGCCCUGAGUGCGGGAAACACUUCAGCCACCUCUCGAACCUUACUAGGCACCAGAGAACCCACACAGGGGAGAGGCCCUACAGCUGCCCUGAGUGUGAGAGGCACUUCAGUAACUUGAGCAGUCUCACCACCCACCUGAGGACCCACACAGGGGAGAGGCCCUUCACCUGCCCCCAGUGUGAGAAGAGCUUUGGGGACCAGUCUAAUCUCACCACCCACUUGAGGACCCACACCGGGGAGAGGCCCUACGUGUGUCCUGACUGCCAGAAGAGCUUCAGCGACCAAUCGACUUUCGCCAAGCACCAGAGAACCCACACGGGGGAAAGACCCUACCCCUGCCCCCACUGCCAGAAGAGCUUCAUCCACAGAUCCCACCUCACUACGCACCAGCGGACACACACAGGGGAGCGACCCUACAAAUGUCCUGGCUGUGAGAAGCGCUUCAGCCAGCUCUCCAAUGUCACUACCCACCUCAGGACACACUCGGGGGAGAAGCCCUACAUCUGUGCUGACUGCGGGAAGAGCUUUGGUGACCAGUCGAGUCUGAGGAAGCACCACCGGACCCACACGGGUGAGAGACCCUAUCCCUGUCCCCACUGCGGAAAACGGUUCAGCCAGCUCUCCAAUCUCAACACCCACUGCAGGACCCACACAGGCGAGAGGCCAUACAUCUGUCCACACUGUGGCAAGAGCUUCAGCGAGCAGUCGAAUCUGGCCAAGCACCUGAGAACUCACCCAGGAGAGAGGCCUGAUCCUUGGCCCCACAGCAAGCAGAGCCUUGUUCAUAUCUCACACCUCUCUGCACACCAGAGAAGCCACAUAGGGAAGGGAGUCUACAAAUGUACUGACUGUGACAAGACCUUCAGCGAACAGUUGGACCUGGUGGAGCACCUGAAAGCUCACCCGAGGGAGAUGCCCCAUAGCGACAAAAGCUUCAUCCAAAAAUCAUCUCUGGUGAAACUUCAGAGGAUUCAGCAGAGAUUAAAACCGUAGGAGGCUGGAAUGCACCUCGCUGUCUGCUGUGUGUGUGUGUGUAUAUAGUGAUGUGAAUGGAGGGGAGGGAAUCUGAGAAAUCCAUUCAGCCCGUCUUCUCCCAGAGCCAACGCUACCUUGCUGGUCCAAUGUAAGAGUUUCUGAAUAAUGUGGAGGGGCUUCACCAGUAGCUAUUCCAUUACCGUGCUGUCCUAGAAAAGUGUCAGGAGUCUGCACAUCCUGUCUCCAUCCUACCCACAAACCCAUUCUGUUUUCCUUCUUCAACUUCCUUGCAGUUGUUUCGUGUAACGGGUUGGCCUUCCAAGAGUCUUCCAUAUUGUGUUGAGAGGUUGUGCCGAGGUGAGUUUGGCAUUCCGGGAUGGGAGAGCCAUAAGCGAAAAUAUCAACAGAAGGUUUUAUUUCAAAUCUGAUUCUGCUCUGAAAAGUGUCUCUAUAAAAAUGGUAUUAUGAGGUCCCAUGCUCAUUGUCUUUCAGUGAUUUGAGAGCAAAUUUGCUCCAUUUACAAGUUGAAAAGUGGCUAUUCUGUUAGCCUUGCAGAGUCAGUGUGGUAUAUGUGAGCAAAUCUGAGUUCUGAUUUGUACAUCAUAAUUAUCAUUGGUAAUAAAAAUUCUGUGGUCCAGAUUGUGCACUCAGUUAUGCUUGCACAAUCAGAUCAUUUUGUUCAAAGGAGUAUCUGUGGUCAGAAUUUAGCUCUGCGGUCAGGUCUUGGUUUACAAUUACGUUGUUGCACAAACUAGAAGAGAAUCCAGCUAACUCUCCCAUAGAUUCAUUUUGCUGCCCUGCUGUACCAAGACAAGUAAAGAGCAGUACAAACUUACUUUAAUUAUGCAGGUCAGCAGCUAUGUUUCUGAACACAUGCAGGGAGCAGAUAUGUGGGGCAAAAAGGUGCCGUUUUUAUAUAGACACUUUUCAAAGUAGAAGCGCACUGUAGGCACAGUUCUACAUAACAUUGAAAUCAACAGCAAGACUUCUGUUGAACGCAAUAAACAUUAGAUUGGGCCCUCUAAAAGCUUUACUUAUGGAUCUUGAAAAGGCAGAUCCAGUUGGUCACAAAUGUUCCAGUGAGAGCAAACCCUGCUAACUAGAUAUUUUUUGAUGUUUUAUUUCUUGUAAUUCUUCCUUUCUGUGUUUGUACCAUUAGCUAAAUAUUGUAAAGUGAUAUUUCUUGAUCCUUCCAAAAGUCUGAAUUUGUGAAAUCACUUUAUCUGUGCUGUGGUGUAUAAUUUUCACCUUGGGUUAUGUUUUAGAAAAGGGGAUAACCACUGUGCCAUGGUUCGGGCCUGCCCCCAUUUUAUUUCUUUUAGCAGUGGAAAUAUAGGGAUAAGCAAAUACCAGUGGCACCACAGUUGAAACUCUCUAAACCAGGACUGUGCUCCAGCAACAUCCAUUGGCUGGCAAGGUUGUUGCAGGACCAGAGAGCCCCAGUGGAGGUCCAGCAGCAGGGAGCCCUGCUGGGCCAGCAGGGCAGGGGGCUGCCCACAGCAAGCUGCCAAUGGAGCCUCCCAGUGAGGCUGGGAUACCUGGUGCAUGGCUGCCUGGCGAGGCUGGGAGCAGCAGUGGCGGUAGCCCAGUGUGGUCGAGAGUUGCAAUGCACAGCUGCUCAUUGGGACCUAGCAGCAGGUGGGGAGGCCAGCAGGCCAGGCCAGGGCUGCAAGGUCUGAUGGCAGGGGAGCCAGAAAUGACCUCCCGUGGUCCAACAAAAUCCCUCAUCUGGGACUGGUCAGGUCCCAAGAGUACUAGACCAGGGAGAUCCAGCCUAUAUCUGCUUUGUGUGGUAGUCUCUUAUCACAUGAAUUCUGAGAGCAAUGAAGAAGUCAAGAGAGGAAAUUGGAGAAGAAAUUUGUGAAAUACAAGUUAUUGGGCAGGGUAAGUAUUAGGUUUGGAAACAAGAGAAAUGUAGGUAGUCAGAAUUUUGACUCAAAUACCAUAUUUAGCCUGGCAAGAUGCUCUCCAGGGGACAGGUCCAAAACCCAUUGAAAUUAAUGGAAAGACUCCCACUGAUUCUCGUUGACUUUGGAUUGGGCCUUGAUAGUACAAGAGAGACCAACACAGCAGACCUAUAUCAAUAUAACUGUGUUGAUUGGGGGCUUGAAAAAUCACAACCCAGAAGCGACCUAGUUAUACCUAGUUAAUCCCCCUGUUAGACAGAGGGUGCUAUGAUGAAGCCACUAACAUAGCUACAGCCUGUUGGGGAGAUGGAUUAACUACACCGAUAGGAGAAGUUCUCUCACCAGCAUAGGAACCUCUUCACUAAAGCACUACAGUGGCAGAGCUGCUCUGCCGUACAUGAAGACAUACGCUAAGUGUGUCUCAGAUUCAUUCCUCUCAUAAGAAGCUACUACUCCAGAGGAUAUUUCUCCAGUGGGAAUUAUGCCUAGCUAAAUUCAGAUUUGAGGUAUUCUGUAAUGAGAUUAGUUCUUAUUUUGUAUGACUGAUUAUUCCAAGGUCAUUAUAUAUCAUAGAAUGGGUUUUUAAAAGUGGUGUCUCUAUCAUUACACCAAGACACAAUUAUUCCUUUUUCAGGAAGCUUUUUAUUUCCCUGACCCACCACAUACAAAUAGAUAAUACUUAAUAUGAUCGGUAUAGGAUUGAUAUGGCUUGAUAAAUGUAUUCUGACUUAAUUUCACAGUAUGUCAGAUUAGAGAUGUAGGAUGUACUUUUAUGGCUUUUUUU